AUGUGCCCUCCGGUGGUUGUGCGCCAGAGCAGAGAGGGUAUGGUCUACCUCUAUGCUUCCUGGCUGUAUGAGCUACAGCAUGGAAUCCCUCUGGAGGUCUGCUUCACUUGCUUCAAGGUUGCCUUCCUGGACCUCAAAGAUAUGCUGGAGUCAGAUGACUGGGAGGAUGAAGAAUGGGACCCCAUGGAGCUGGAUGAGGCAGAGCAUGAGCAGGCGGUAGCCCUAGGGCCUGCAGCUAGCUGGGGGCCCUGGUCCUCGGUGUCAGCCUCACAGGGAUCAGAGGAGGAAUACCUGGAUGAUCCUGUGGUGCCCACCGAGCUGGAGCCUCAAAGUGCAGUGCCUCUCAGCCUGGGUUCUGAGCACAGUGACUGGACUCAGGCCCUUCCCUGGAGGUUUGAAGGGCUUCCUGCCUGCAGUCACUGGCCGAGCCCCCCUCCUCUGCAGGUGUUUCCCAGUUUGAGGCUGGCUCCUGUAGAGCCCAUGGUGCUAGAGCUGGGCACCAUGUGGCCAUUGGAGCUGGAGGAGGCUGAGGCCUGGUUGCUGGGCCUGCAGGUCUUCUGUGUGGUAGCCUUCCAAGGUACCACCAUCUACCUUCGGAAGAUGAAACCAUGUCAGGCCCUGAGGAACCUAGGCCAGCGCUGGAAAGUGCUGCUGGAGCCUACUGAAGUGUGGGUCCUGAAGCUCCAGGAAACAGCCCAGCCGCACAACCUGCUCAAGUGCCAGCUUAGCAUCCUGGAGAAAACACAGCACAGUGAACAGGAGCAGCUGUUCCCUGCAUAUGCGAUCCUGCAGAAGAAAGGCUUUACCAUUGUGUCCUACUUGCCCCGAGGUGUGAAUCAGGAACACUCAGCCCCUGGUUUGUGGUUCCCCACCUGGAGCCCAGACACUGGCUUUGUGGACAGUGGGAGCUAUGUUUCCAGGAGCUCUAUAGACAGCCUGGCUGUCACAGGAGUCUUGGCCCUGGGGGAGCUGUCCUCCUUCCAGCAGUUUGGCCCUGAGCUGGAAUACUGA